AAUGCAGAUUUAGCAUCAAGCACAGACAUACAGUCGCUCUUUCUCUCGGGUACACACAUUCGCACCCCUCUGCCAGCAAGCCGGGUCGCAGGACUCCACUGCGUUCCCGGCAGCACCCACGGAUUUAUUUGCUUUACCCAAGCCCCUUACUCAGCCUGUUUUUUUUUUUCCUAUACAUAAAUUUUAAAAAGAAAAGAAAACAAAACAAAACAAAAACUACAUUUCUAUUUUUAUCUGCAUCUCCCCUCCGCUUCCCCUGCCACACCAGGCUGCGCUCCUCUGAGCCCCACUUUUCACUCCCAGAGAAGGAUGAAGGGUGGCUGUGGCUCCCGGUGGAAGGCGGCCGCCGGGCUCCUCUUCUGUGCCAUGGUUUUUGCAUCUGCCGAGAGACAGGUCUUCACGAAUCAUUUUCUCGUGGAGUUGCAUAAAGCGGGAGAGAAAGAAGCUCGCCAAGUUGCAGCACAGCACGGCUUCGAAGUCCGGAAGCUCCCCUUUGCAGAAGGCCUGUAUCACUUUUAUCACAAUGGCCUUGCAAAGGCCAAAAGAAGACGCAGUCUACACCACAAGCAGCAGUUGGAGAGAGACCCUAGGGUAAAGAUGGCCCUUCAACAGGAAGGAUUUGACCGACAAAAGCGAGGAUACAGAGACAUCAACGAGAUUGACAUCAACAUGAAUGAUCCCCUUUUUACAAAGCAAUGGUACCUGAUCAACACUGGGCAAGCUGAUGGUACUCCUGGGCUGGACUUGAAUGUGGCAGAAGCCUGGGAGCUGGGGUACACUGGAAAGGGUGUGACCAUUGGGAUCAUGGAUGAUGGGAUUGACUAUCUCCACCCAGACCUCGCCUCAAACUAUAAUGCGGAGGCAAGUUACGACUUCAGCAGCAAUGACCCCUACCCAUACCCACGAUACACAGAUGACUGGUUCAACAGCCAUGGAACUCGAUGUGCAGGAGAAGUUUCAGCAGCAGCCAACAACAAUAUCUGUGGGGUUGGUGUGGCAUACAACUCCAAGGUGGCAGGUAUUCGAAUGCUGGACCAACCCUUUAUGACAGACAUCAUCGAGGCCUCCUCCAUCAGCCACAUGCCUCAGCUGAUUGACAUCUACAGUGCCAGCUGGGGCCCCACAGACAAUGGGAAGACAGUGGAUGGACCCCGAGAGCUCACGCUUCAAGCUAUGGCUGACGGUGUGAACAAGGGCCGUGGGGGCAAAGGCAGCAUCUACGUGUGGGCCUCAGGGGACGGUGGCAGCUAUGAUGACUGCAAUUGCGAUGGCUAUGCCUCCAGCAUGUGGACCAUCUCCAUCAACUCUGCCAUCAAUGACGGCAGGACCGCCUUGUAUGACGAGAGCUGCUCCUCCACGUUAGCAUCCACCUUUAGCAACGGGAGGAAGAGGAAUCCUGAGGCCGGUGUGGCCACCACAGAUCUGUAUGGCAACUGCACUCUGAGGCAUUCUGGGACAUCUGCUGCUGCUCCUGAGGCAGCUGGCGUGUUUGCACUGGCUUUAGAGGCUAACCUAGACCUGACCUGGCGAGACAUGCAGCAUCUGACCGUGCUCACCUCCAAACGGAACCAGCUCCAUGACGAGGUCCAUCAGUGGCGACGGAAUGGGGUCGGCCUGGAGUUUAAUCACCUCUUUGGCUAUGGUGUCCUUGAUGCAGGUGCCAUGGUGAAGCUGGCUAAAGACUGGAAGACUGUGCCUGAGAGAUUCCACUGUGUGGGAGGCUCCGUGCAGGACCCGGAGAAAAUACCAUCCACCGGCAAGUUGGUGCUGACCCUCACAACAGACGCCUGUGAGGGAAAGGAAAACUUUGUCCGCUACCUGGAGCACGUUCAAGCUGUCAUUACGGUCAACGCAACCAGGAGAGGAGACCUCAACAUCAACAUGACCUCCCCCAUGGGCACCAAGUCCAUUUUGCUGAGCCGGCGUCCAAGAGACGACGACUCCAAGGUGGGCUUUGACAAGUGGCCUUUCAUGACCACCCACACUUGGGGGGAGGAUGCCCGAGGAACCUGGACCUUGGAGCUGGGGUUUGUGGGCAGCGCACCCCAGAAGGGGGUGCUGAAGGAAUGGACCUUGAUGCUGCACGGCACGCAGAGCGCCCCGUACAUCGAUCAGGUAGUGAAGGAUUACCAGUCCAAGCUGGCUAUGUCCAAGAAGCAGGAGUUGGAGGAAGAGCUGGAUGAAGCCGUGGAGAGAAGUCUGCAGAGUAUCCUGAGUAAAAACUAGGGCUGCCGUUCCGCUUCCGCCUCCACUGCCCCCUCGCCCCCGCCUCGGCCUGUCCUCGCUCCUCAGUCUAGCACCCACCGGGCACUUCCCACCACCCGAACAAGCAAGCCUACCCUCUCCACCUAAAGCUUUGCCCACUGUCGAUGUUUAUUUUCAUUACCAUGGAAGCAAUCGUCUUUAUUCUGUGCCCCAAAUAUAGUGUUCCCACCAACAUCUGUGUCCUCUGUGUGACUCCACCUUCUUUAUUUCUGCCAUUCAGACGGGUGACAGACUGCAAACAAAACUGGGACAGCUUGCCCUCGAUUUUAUUUUCAUAUCCGAGAAGAGGAAAAGAACACACCCAUAAGCCACACUCAAUGACUCCAAGAACGUUUGUCUGUGGUCUCAGAUGAGGAGGUGUUAAAUAACAUGGAAAUGAAAGCUGACAGAGUGAACUCCACGGGCUGGAGAAGCAAAGGGAAACCUACACAUCUUUAGGAGACAAAUGGCUUGAAUUCAGCAAGAUUGGGCAGGGACGUAGACAAAGGUGACAUGAUGAAUGAGAAACGUGCCAUAGAGAGCCCUAAUUACUGGACAGGCAAAAGGGAUCAAACAGCAUGAGCACUGGAAAUUUACCACCAACAUCCAAAUCUUAAUGCACCCUGCCCAGCCAGUAUGACAUACAAGAUGGCUUUUCUUUCGCCAGCUCUGCUCUAAGUUGUGAUAAAAUGUGCUGGAAUUUGAAUAGGUUCACACACACACACACACACACACACACACACACACACACACAAACGGGGGGGGGAGACAGUUAUCUGGCACUCAUGUAGCUAUCCAAACAAGGAAAAAUUAAGGCAGAUCUGGCAACAUGUCUGAUGAAGAACAAUUUAUUAGUUUGAAAAAUAGGAAUAUUCCUUCUCCUAAGUGGCUUUGGGGCUUCUUGUUAAGUAAGAGGCAGGGGUGUAUUGCUUUGGUUUUAACAGCUUUACACACAUCUGACUAGGGCUUUAUUUCCCAAAAAUACCACUGGAGAGAAAUAUCUUCCUUGUGAUAUCAUUGAUGUGCUGGGGAACAUGGCUACCAUCCCAGAGGAGGCUGGGGACGUUGAGGGAACACUGGAGGACAUGGGUGGCCGUGUCCACAUGGACCUGUGAUUGUGAGGAGCUGUUUCUGCUGACAGGCGGGACAUGCCAGCUCAUCCCCCAGUAACUUUAGGCCCGAAGGGAGUCAAAGAAGAUGCCAUUUAAGAACCGCAUAGAGCCACCAUCUCAGCAACUCAGAAACCCAUGAGCAUCUAACAUGCAACCCAAAGGUUAUAGUUGUCAACCCCUGAAGACACCAUUUCAUUCCCAGUUAUUACCAAAGUAACCUGGUAUCACUUGUGUCCUACCCAAGAAUUGGCUUGUCCCCUCCCCAACCAGUGUCCAGCCAUUCCCAAGAAAUUAUCCCUUCUCAGCCACUCCAGGCUCCAGCUCUCCCUUUCCAGGGAGGAUGUGUGGAGCCUGGAGUUUCUUGACUAAAGCCAGCAAUGUAAGAAUGUUUGGUUUUAUUUCCUAAAGGUGGCAACUUUAAGAAAGAAUUUCAAAACUUCACUCAUUUCUUUUCUUCCCAUAUUGGCAUGAAUUUCUGUCUUCUCUGACACCUUUGACUUUCCCUGUAUUGUGCUUUUAAGUGUAACAAUAUUUAUGAUUUUUAAAAGAAAUUUAUUACUUGUUGCAAAGGUCUUUUUAAACCAGUUUAGAUUUAAAGAAAAAAAAUGGAAAUCAUUGAAACUCAUUUCAUAUUAAUGGUCUAAAAAUAAACCAAAGGACAUUAUGUGUGCAUGUCUGCAUAAGUGCACACACAAAUAUAUAUAUACAUAUGUAGACUAUAUACAUGUGUGUAUAUAUGUGUAUAUAUACACUUGUAUAAAUGUAUAUACACACAUAUACCUAAAUGUGUGUAUUGUGUAUUUAUUGAAGAAACAGACACCAUAUUCAUCUCUAAAAGAAUAUUCAGAGAAUAUCAAGAUGAUUCUGGCUGAAGAAAAAAGCCAGUGGAAAUUCAGGUGAAAAUGUUUGUUCAUCUGUGCUCAUUACAACACCUCUGUAAUUUUUCACCUCUGUGUAUAAACAUUAAAUGUCUUACAUAUGCAGCAACAAUAUAAAA